UCAUUUUAGCUUUACGGCUCAACCCUACUACUUCUGUACCGCACUUAAAUCGUCAUCUCCCAUCAUUCGUUCUCGUUCGAGUAGCCUUCCAUUCCAAAUUUCCGAUCCAUCCCAAUUAUAGAUACUGCAUGUGGUAGUGUACCUUCCUCGCUACAACCUCCCCCCUUUCUUCACUUUAAAUUUCAACUCUCCUCAGUCCUCCCUCCCCUCCCGUAAUUUGUAAUCUCCUCUGAAACCCAAUAGAGAUACGAGGAUUUCUUUUGCCGAAAAUGCCGCUAAGUUUGGCGGGAGGCCCUGUUCCUGCCGUCCUCUCUGCGAUCUUGGUUUUCCUUUUGGCAUUUGUUAGGGCUGAAGAUCCUUACAGGUUCUUCACCUGGAAUGUUACGUACGGCGACAUUUAUCCUCUCGGCGUCCGUCAACAGGGAAUACUGAUCAAUGGACAAUUUCCUGGUCCUGAUAUCUACUCUGUUACAAACGACAAUCUCAUCAUAAAUGUUUACAACAGUUUGCCGGAGCCCUUUCUUAUCUCUUGGAACGGAGUGCUACAGAGGAGGAAUUCGUGGCAAGAUGGUGUUUACGGAACCAACUGUCCGAUCCCUCCAGGAAAGAACUUCACUUACGUUCUUCAGGUGAAAGACCAGAUUGGAAGCUUCUUCUACUUUCCUUCUCUUGCCUUCCACAAGGCCGCAGGUGGGUUCGGCGGGAUCAGAAUACUUAGCCGUCCCAGAAUCCCUGUGCCAUUCCCAGACCCUGCCGGUGAUUUCACUGUUCUCAUUGGAGAUUGGUACAAGGCCAAUCACACGACAUUGAAGGCCACACUGGAUCGUGGUAAGAAGCUACACUUUCCAGAUGGAAUUCUCAUCAAUGGUCGUGGCCCAAAUGGUGCAUAUUUCACGGUGGAGCAAGGAAAAACUUACAGGUUUCGGAUAUCAAACGUGGGGCUACAAAAUUCACUCAACUUCCGCAUUCAGGGCCACAGGAUGAAGUUGGUUGAAGUUGAGGGAACGCACACCGUGCAGACCACAUUCUCAUCCCUGGAUGUCCAUGUGGGCCAAUCCUACUCUGUUCUUGUCACUGCUGAUCAGCCCGCUCAAGACUACUACAUUGUCGUGUCAACUCGUUUCACAUCCGUCGUCCUCACUACCACAGGCGUUCUACACUACAGCAAUUCUGCCGGUGGUGUUUCAGGCCCACCCCCCGGUGGACCUACUAUCCAAGUUGACUGGUCUCUAAAUCAGGCUCGUGCUAUAAGGACUAACCUCACGGCGAGCGGACCAAGGCCAAACCCACAAGGCUCAUACCACUAUGGCCUCAUCAACACAACCCGGACCAUCAAGCUUGUCAAUUCUGCAGGUCUCAUCAAUGGAAAGCAGAGGUACGCGGUCAACAGUGUUUCCUUCAUCCCUGCAGACACACCUCUAAAGAUUGCAGACUUCUUCAAGAUUGGAGGUGUUUUUCGCCUUGGAAGCAUCUCCGACAAUCCUACUGGUGGGGGGAUGUAUCUUGACACAGCAGUUAUGCCAGCCGAUUUCAGAGCUUUUAUUGAAAUUGUUUUUGAGAACCACGAAGACAUCAUUCAGAGUUGGCACCUUGAUGGCUACUCUUUCUUCGUAGUGGGAAUGGAUGGAGGAUUGUGGACACCAGCUAGUAGGCUGCAAUAUAAUCUUAGAGAUGCUAUUGCACGGUGCACUACUCAGGUGUAUCCCAAAUCAUGGACAGCUAUAUACGUUGCCCUCGAUAAUGUGGGAAUGUGGAACUUAAGAUCGGAGUUCUGGGCACGCCAAUACCUUGGGCAACAAUUUUACCUUCGUGUCUACUCUCCGGUAGAAUCGAUCAGAGACGAGUACCCGAUUCCAAGGAAUGCACUUGUUUGUGGUAGGGCUAGUGGUAGACACACUCGACCCCUUUAAUGUGAACCCCAAUUAGCUUAGCCGCUUAGAGUAAACUAAGUAGCUUUGUUUGUUGCUUCCCAAUCGCAUCUUUAGGUGCUUAUUUAUGAAAAUUGAAAAUUUAAGAAAGUGAGCUCGCACCUUUAGAACUCUAUCUAGAUGACCCCAGCUCGAGGUCUCAUUCUUUUCUACAUGAAUGUUGUAUCUUUAAUUUGAUCUAUCUUUAUUUAUUCGAAGUACAUUUGUUUCGCUCUCUUUUUGGUGGAAAGUACAUUGAUUAAUGUAGUAAAUUUUGGUUAUUCUAAUAUA